AGGGCGGACAGCCACGCCUCUGCGGAGCGCGACCGGAAGUGCUCACGUCUUCACCUUCCCCGCCACGCAUCCGUUCUUUCAGGCCCUGCGUGCAGCAGGAAGGAGGACUCUUUUGCCGCGGACUGAAGCCGGAAGCCGCCUUCCUAGUGGAGACGCGAGUGGGGGAGGAGCAGUCCGAGGGGAACGUGGGUUGAACGUUGCAACUAGGGUGGAGAUCAAGCUGGAACCAGAGUUCCGAUCGACCCGGUACCAAGAAGGGGAGUGCCCGCGGCAGGGUUCAUUGAAAAAAUCGUUAGUGAUAUUGACAUGUCUCAAGUGACAUAAAUUAGCCAAUGACUCGGAAUGAUGGAUUCUCCGAAGAUUGGAAAUGGUUUGCCAGUGAUUGGACCAGGGACUGAUAUAGGGAUAUCUUCACUCCACAUGGUGGGGUAUUUGGGAAAAAAUUAUGAUUCAGCUAAAGUUCCAUCAGAUGGGUAUUGCCCUGCUUGUAGAGAGAAGGGAAAGUUAAAAGCCUUAAAGACUUACCGAAUUAGUUUUCAAGAAUCUAUCUUUUUGUGUGAGGAUCUGCAGUGCAUCUAUCCUUUGGGCUCUAAAUCACUUAAUAACCUAAUUUCUCCUGAUUCAGAAGAAUGUCACACUCCACAUAAGCCUCAGAAAAGGAAAAGUUUGGAAAGCAGCUAUAAAGAUUCAUUUCUUUUAGCAAAUUCCAAAAAGACUAGAAAUCAUAUUGUUAUUGAUGGUGAACAAAUUUUGAACAGCAAGCAUAAUGGAGAAGUAUGUGAUGAAAGCUCAUCAAACUUACCUGAUAGUAGUGGUCAACAGAAUCCAAUUAGGACAGCUGAUUCUUUGGAGCGAAAUGAGAUUUUGGAAGCUGAUACUGUUGACAUGGCUACUACAAAAGAUCCUGCUACAGUUGAUGUCUCUGGAACUGACGGACCUUCCCCUCAAAAUGAAGGAUGUACAUCUAAACCGGAAAUGCCAUUGGAGAGCAAAUGUACAUCAUUUCCCCAGACUUUAUGUGUCCAGUGGAAAAAUGCUCAUGCUCUCUGUUGGUUAGACUGUAUCCUGUCAGCUUUGGUGCACUUGGAAGAGUUAAAGAACACCGUGACUGGACUGUGCUCAAAGGAGGAAUCUAUAUUCUGGCGGUUGUUUACAAAAUAUAAUCAAGCAAAUACACUUCUGUAUACCAAUCAGUUGAGUGGCGUUAAAGAUGGAGAUUGUAAAAAACUUACCUCAGAAAUAUUUGCAGAGAUAGAGACCUGUCUGAAUGAAGUUAGAGAUGAAAUUUUUAUUAGCCUUCAACCCCAGCUUAGAUGCACAUUAGGUGAUAUGGAAAGCCCCGUGUUUGCAUUUCCCCUGCUCUUAAAACUAGAACCCCACAUUGAGAAGCUCUUCCUAUAUUCUUUUUCUUGGGACUUUGAAUGUUCGCAGUGUGGACACCAGUAUCAGAAAAGGCAUAUGAAGAGUCUGGUCACCUUUACAAAUGUCAUCCCUGAGUGGCACCCACUUAAUGCUGCCCAUUUUGGUCCAUGUAACAAUUGCAACAGUAAAUCACAAAUAAGGAAAAUGGUAUUGGAAAAAGUAUCUCCCAUAUUCAUGUUGCACUUUGUAGAAGGCUUACCACAGAAUGACUUGCAGCACUACACAUUUCAUUUUGAAGGCUGUCCUUAUCAAAUAACUUCUGUAAUUCAGUAUCGAGCAAAUAAUCAUUUUAUAACAUGGAUUUUAGAUGCUGAUGGAAGUUGGCUGGAAUGUGAUGACUUAAAAGGCCCAUGUUCUGAAAGGCACAAGAAAUUUGAAGUUCCUGCUUCAGAGAUACAUAUUGUUAUCUGGGAAAGAAAAACAUCCCAAGUGACAGAUAAAGAAGCUGCCUGCCUUCCACUUAAAAAGACUAAUGACCAACACGCUCUCGGUAAUGAGAAACCAGUAUCUUCAACAUCGUGUUCUGUGGGUGAUGCUGCCUCAGCUGAAACAGCCCCCGUAACUCUCCCUAAAGAUACAUCAGUUGCCCCUCAUACUUUUUCACAGAACACAGCUGUAACUCAUGGAGAUCGUUUACUUUCAGGUCCAAAAGGUUUGGUUGACAAUAAUAUUUUACCUUUGACACUUGAAGAAACUAUCCAGAAAACAACCUCAGUUUCACAGUUAAAUUCUGAAGCUUUCCUGUUAGAAAGUAAACCUGUAACAGAAAAUACAGGGAUUCUCAAAACAAAUACUUUGCAAUCACAAGAAUCACUAAUGGCUUCUUCAGUAUCAGCUCCAUGUCAUGAAAAGCUUAUCCCAGACCAAUUUGUGGACAUAAGUUUUCCAUCCCAAGUUGUAAAUACAAACAUGCAGUCAGUACAGCUGAAUACAAAAGAUACUGUAAAUACCAAAUCUGUGAAUAAUACUGAUGCUGCUGGUCUUAUACAGGGAGUGAAGUCAGUAGAAAUUGAGAAGGACGCUCAGUUACAACAAUUCCUGACACCAAAAACUGAACAAUUAAAACCAGAACAUGUCAUAUCUCAGGUAUCUAAUUUGAAGAAAAAAGAAACGAUAGCAGAUUCUCAAACCACAACAUCUAAGUCAUUACAGAAUCAGUCUCUGAAAGAAAAUCAGAAGAAGCCAUUUGUGGGAAGUUGGGUUAAAGGCUUAAUAAGCAGGGGUGCUUCUUUUAUGCCACUCUGUGUUUCAGCUCAUAAUAGAAACACUAUAACUGAUUUACAACCUUCAGUUAAAGGGGUAAAUAAUUUUGGUGGCUUUAAAACUAAAGGUAUAAACCAGAAGGCCCGCCACGUAUCCAAGAAAGCGCAUGGGAGUGCAAGUAAGCCGCCUCCCAUCAGUAAGCCACCACCAGGCCCUCCAUCGUCUAAUGGCACAGCUGCCCACCCACAUGCUCAUGCUGCUUCAGAAGUUUUGGAAAAGUCUGGAAGCACCUCGUGUGGAGCUCAACUCAACCACAGUUCUCAAGGAAAUGGUCUUUCUCCAGCAAACCAUGAAGAUUUGGUGGAAGGUCAGAUUCAUAAACUCCGUCUAAAACUUCGUAAAAAGCUAAAGGCAGAAAAGAAGAAAUUAGCUGCUCUUAUGUCUUCCCCGCAAAGCAAAACAGUUCCAAGUGAAAAUCUAGAACAGGUGCCCCAGGGUGGGUCUCCAAAUGAUUGUGAAUCAAUAGAGGACUUGUUAAAUGAGCUACCAUAUCCAGUUGAUACUGCCAGUGAGUCUGCAUGCACCACUGUUGCUGGUGUUUCCCUGUACGGUAGUCAAACUCAUGAAGAAAUUUUAGCAGAAUUAUUGUCUCCUACAACUGUUCCAACAGAGCUGUCAGAAAAUGGGGAAGGUGACUUUAGGUAUUUGGGAAUGGGAGAUGGUCAUAUCCCACCACCAGUACCAAGUGAAUUAAAUGAUGUUUCCCAGAACACACAUCUGAGACAGGACCAUAAUUAUUGUAGCCCCACCAAGAAAAAUCUAUGUGAAGUUCAGCCAGACUCUCUGACAAAUAAUGCCUGCGUUAGAACAUUAAACUUGGAGAGUCCCAUGAAGACUGAUAUUUUCGAUGAGUUUUUUUCCUCCUCAGCAUUAAAUCCUUUAGCAAAUGACACAUUAGACCUACCUCAUUUUGAUGAAUAUCUGUUUGAGAAUUAUUGAAUUAAUGCUUGUUAACUUUUUUUCAUAUAAUAUUUAUUCUUAGAAGAACUUACUGUGUUCAGGUAGUGUUUAUACACUGGACUUGUGUAAUUACUUGUGUAAUAAUGAUGAACAAAAUGCAAGGUUUGACCUUUGGUUCUGCCCAUGAAGCAUGUAAUCUGUCUUACAAAUUAAAAUCAUUUAAUAUGUU